CAACCAACAAGAAGAGUUGAUCAAGAAUCAUCGUAUCGUCCAUCAUCUAACAAAAAUCGUCUUCAAUAUGGAUCUCGUUGCAACCUACUCGUCUCCGGGACGAGAGGCACAGGCCGACAACAAGAUCCCAAAAACCGGAAUGAUAAAUCUACUGUCAUCACCAAUGAAAGUGAAAUUGAAUUCUGGCAAAUACGAAUCAUCACCCUCACCGACUUCCUCAAAGAACAGAGGAAAUGAUGGUGACUAUAGCAGGCUUGCCAGUGAACUCACAAACACGUUGAGCAAGUUGGCCGAUAUUAAUACCACCAUCGGAUACAACAAAAACGAAUUACAAAACAAAGAAGAAGAACUAUUUGAUGCGGUGUAUGGUACGCUAGACAAGUUCAUUCAGGAUGCAGAGACUUACAAGAAUAGUCUCGAUAAGGAGAAUAACUCUACUAUUACAAUAUUGAGAAAAGUGCUUAGGACAAUACAAGACCCCACAGGGACCAGGACAAUACCAGAUCUUUACAUUCGGAAUCUUAUUCUGAAAGAUAUUCAAAACGAUGUGUCGAUGCUCAGUCUAAGGAAUUCGCUAUCUUCGAGUCUUGACUACAUAUUAACGGAUUAUAGGGAUCGUCUAUUCAAAUAUUUGGAAUUAUGCCAUACCCUUGACCUGCUACGUUCAAGAUGUGACGGUUUUAGCGUCACUAACCUUGAAAUACCACCAGGGGAGCAACGUCGACAAAUCCUACAAUUUCUGGAACAGCAUUCCUCGAUAAGUGACACUUUCCAGAUCCUAUUAAAUGAUCAAACACUCCUUCUUGAAACCUCACCUAUGAACGAUCUAUCAGAUGAGUGUCUCGAUCACUUGUCACGCAGUAUUACACAGUAUAACCAGGAGAUAUCUUCUAGACUCUGCAACUUGAGAAAACUCUCUUCAAGCAUAAUAUCCCUCUGGCAUGAACUUGAUAUAGAUCAUAAGACUGACUUUUUUAUGAUCUCGGAUAGGGUGUUUCAAUAUUCACAGUGCAAUGAGAAAUCAGAGUCUCUUGAUGUGUCUGUGGAUAUAAUCUCAGAAUUGAACAAGCUUCUUAAGGAUUUGGAGAGCGUUAAAUCAGAUCGCCUAGAACUGAUAAAUAACUUCAAAUCAAAGUGUGAGCCUCUCUGGGAAAAACUAGAACAAGAUCCACGAAUGAUUGAAGAGUUCAAAUCUUCCAAUAGUGACAUCUCAUCGAAGACUAUCGAAAACUACGAGAUGGAGUUGGCUAGAAUGGAAGCACUAAAGGCUCAGUUUCUGGAUAAGUUUAUCAAUGAUGCUAAAAUAUCAAUCGAAGAACUCUGGGACCAAUUGUGCUACUCCGAUUCCCAAAGGUCAAAAUGUGAGAUAUAUUAUAGUACAGACUGUACCGAUGAAGUUUUGAGCCAAUUAGAGGAGGAAAUCGGGAGAUUAAACAAAAUAUUAGCAUCAUACAAACCAAUCAUUGAUCUUGUUCAACAGUUUAAGAGCUUGAUUCAAGAUCGGACUGAACUAGAAGCCACAUCUCAAGAUUCUUCCAGGUUGUUAGCGAAGAAUUCGUAUAAAAUCCUCAUGGAGGAGGAGAAGACUAGAAAAAGGUUGGCUAGGCAACUACCUAAACUCAUUAGUGAGUUACGAGUGAAAAUAAAGCAAUAUGAAGAUGACAAUGAUGAAUCCCUUUCAUAUCUCGGUGCUGAUUUCCUAGAACUUUUAGAUGAAGAGCAAAAAAAAUUGGAAUCUAAAGGUAGAAGAGUGCUCAGUGGAACGUCAGCCAGAUCUCAACCACCUUCGCAGUCGAGGCCCAUCUCUAGGGAUCCUUCAAGAUCAGCAUCCAGAAUAACAUCUAGAGCUCCCUCCCGUGCCCCAUCAAGACCUGUAUCCAAGGCCCCAUCAAGAAUAUCAUCAAGGGCCACCUCUCCUGUGAAGAGUUCAAUAUCUAAUAUGAGAAAUCCAACAAAAGGUGUUCAAAAACCGGUAAGGAAACCAAUGUCUGCAAAUAAUUCCUCUCUGGGACAAACAAACCUGAGAAGCAGUCCAUCUAAAGUCGCUGGAUCUCUAACCAUCACGUCAGAUUUAACGAAGGAUAGAAGAUUACCAUCGCUGAAACCCCCGAUUAAGAUUACCAGAAGCACUAGUGCAUUCCAACCACGUUUGAUGAGUCUAUCAGAAACGAGUAACGGAUCACCUCCUAGACGAACCAGGCUUCCACCUUCGCCUCUAAAAGCUGGAAAUCAUAGCAAACUACCAGUUCUGGGUUCGAGGAAUGAAAAUUCACAAAAAGUUAUGACAUCGCCGUUAAAGUCGCUAUCGAAAGGGAUCAACUAUGAUGAUGAGUAUGAUAAUGGUGAUAAAGAGAAUAGAGAGGAUCUCACAAAUAGCGAUCAAGAGAGUACUAUGAUUGAUGACGAUACCUACUCCACCUGGAGAAAAGAACAGUUGAGAAAACUCAAUCAUCUUGUUCGAGAGAGUGAUACCUUUUGAGUAUUAAUAAUAAUGAUGUAUGAUUUGUUGUAUUAUAUUAAGCAAAGGUUCUGUAUGUACAUUAUACUGAAAUAACGGACAUUUUACACAC